CGGGUUCCGGUCUCUUGCAGGGGCGUUCACCCGUCGGUCACCUCAGUGGGGCUAUGGCUGUCACCUCUGCCUGCAGUGCCAGGCUCCGCCUGGCCUCGGUGUCAACUUAGGGGCUCCUCUGUGCACUGCGGUCGGGUGGAAACAGCCUCCUCCCGGCGCUUUAGACGUUGGCCUGCGGGAGAAGAUGCCCUUUCUGUAUUUCCCCAAGGGCAGGAAGUCAUUAUGCAGCUAACACAUUUUCAUCAGAUUUCCUUUGAUUUCCUCUGAAGUGUAUGUGGGAAUGAUGUGCACUGCCAAGAAAUGUGGGAUUAGAUUCCAGCCUCCAGCUAUUAUCUUAAUCUAUGAGAAUGAAAUCAAGGGGAAAAUUCGCCAACGCAUUAUGCCAGUUCGAAACUUUUCAAAGUUUUCAGAUUGCACUAGAGCUGCUGAACAAUUAAAGAAUAAUCCACGACACAAGAGUUACCUGGAACAAGUAUCUCUGAAGCAGCUAGAGAAGCUAUUCAACUUUUUACGAGGUCACUUGUGGGGGCAGAGUUUGGCAGAAACAAUGGAACAAAUUCGACGGGAAACAACCAUUGAUCCUGAGGAAGACCUGAACAAACUAGAUGACAAGGAGCUUGCCAAAAGGAAGAGCAUUAUGGAUGAACUUUUUGAGAAAAAUCAGAAGAAGAAAGAUGAUCCAAAUUUUGUUUAUGACAUUGAAAUUGAAUUCCCACAAGAUGAACUUCAGUCCUGUGGCUGGGACACAGAGUCAGCUGAUGAGUUCUGAUACCAAACACUCAAAAUGUAUUGGACUAGCAGAAUAUCUAUGCUAAUACAAUAACAUAGAUUGAUUCUAGAAAAAUCUUUUAAAAGCACUAAGUAUGUAUGUUGGAUGAUAAGGGGAUUGACUAUGUUACAUUUCAAAACCAGGACAUUUAGAGCAUCUGCUAUUUAGGUGUGUGAGGAAUAUAGAAAAACAGAAUAAAGGAAUCUGCUGUUAAGGAGCUUACAAUCUAAUUGGAAUGUAAGUCAAAAACUUGUGAAAAGCCAAUUAACAGAAUUAGGCAGCAAAAAGAUUAGGGUCAGAUGCUUGCUAAAGGUCAGAGCCUAGAUUACUGUAGAGUAGAAUAGUAAGGGGAGACUUUGUCCUUAAGUAGAGAGCUAGGACGUUGCCUCACCCUUGAAAUGGUAGUAUUGGAAUAGAAGCUUGUGUAGGA